GCAAUGGAUCUCUGGGAAAAUCAAAGAAGAUGGUGCUCUAAUGGCCACAAAACACAGCACGUCUCUCAUAAUGGUAAUGUUUCUACUCAAGGUCUUGUCUAAUGUUUCUCUCUGGAAUAUAAGUGCUAUAGGGGCAGACCAGGAGCAGAUGGCAGAAAGCUGGACAUUCCCUGGCAGGGAUCAUGCUCUGAAGAUUGGAAUUAUUACAGCUCUAGGUUGUUUGAUCAUCUUGGGGAAUUCAUUUGUAUUGCUAGUUAUUGCCUCAUCAGUGUCUGGCUGGUCCAGCAACAGCCGCUACAUCCUUAUCUCAUUGACUGGAACCGAUGUUACUUUAGCUCUGGUUGUGGUGCCUCUCAACUUAUAUGGAAGCCUUGCUCUGGAACCUGGGGAAGAAGAUGAUGAAGAGUCUCCCAUUAGCCGUUACUGCCACAUAGUGGCUUUUCUGAACUCAUCAGUGUUUGCCUCUUCUAUCUACUCUCUUACCACCAUAAGCCUGGAACGUUAUGUGGCAGUAUUCUUUCCUCUGCACUACAGUCGGGUAAUGAGCCGCCGGCGUGUUAAGAUGUUGAUUGCUGCAGCCUGGCUGUUGCCACCCAUCUUUCUCUGCCCAAUCUCUAUCCCUGGUGGGAGAUUUAUAAGGGUCUACUUCUCCCGAGCCUCCCUUAUCUGCAACCCAGACUAUGCUAGUAAUGUUGCCUACUCUCUACUACUCACUGCUGUGAUCUUCUUCCCUUGCUCAGCUAUAGUCACCUUUGCCAACCUGAGACUUUGGCGAGUAGCAAGGAGGCAAAGCAGGCGAAUGAGUGUGGGUUGGGCUGCAAAAAGCAAGGGCCUGUGUCUGCCCACUGUGUGUGGGAGACUGGCCCCGAAUAGAGAAUCUGGACCUAAUAAAGGCCUGUCUAGGGACAUGGGAGACAAAGGCCUACGUAAAGGAGAUGCUGCUUCUAGAGUACUUGUUCCUGUUGUCAUUGUGUUCUACACGUGCUGGGCGCCCUGCAUGAUUACUAUCCUGUAUAACGCCAUCACUCAGGAUCGUGUUCCAGAAUGGGUAGAGUUUGUAGCCCUUUGGCUUCCAUGUGGCAAUGGUUUCCUCAACUGCUUUGUCUACUUCUGGAUAAACAAGAGCUUCCGGCACAAAUUUCGACAGCUGGGACGGAAACUGUGGCCUUGGGGCUGUGCUCGUAAGAAUCACCAGAUAACGCCACCCACCAUUAGUGCCACCAUCAACUGUAUGAAUAACAAUGUUGUUCUGCAAGAGAGGUCAUGCAGUGUGUCCUCUUCUUGCAUGUUGCUCCCGCAGGCCGGUGAGACUGUUUUAUAAAAGUCCUUCUGUUCAUGUGGUUUUCUUUAAAUAACCCAUCAAUGCACUUUAGAGCAAGUACCGAUGAGGACUCCAUUUGCAGAAAGCUAUGAAACCUGCAUAAAACAUCUAGAACUCCUAAAGGCAGCUGCUCUUGACUUGCACUUGACUGGAAUGGCCUGUCUGAGUUUACAGAGGUAGUACAACAGGACUGCUGCUUUGUCCAUACAUGAUAAAAAAUGGGCGUAAACGUGGGUCUUCUUUCUAUGUCAUAUGUCUGAAUGCUGUAACAAGCAGGACUUGGUUUUUAGCCCAGACUUGAAGUUUUGUGAAUGUUACAAAUGUGCAUUUGGAAAGCCUGUGGAAUCGGUGAGGACUUUUGUUGACUGGCACACAUUGUACAAUGCAGUACUGACAAUAAGCAGUGCCUGUAUAAAGUGACCAGGAAACCCCAAAAUCACAAGUAUUGAAACAGAUCAGAUGUGCCUUGAAUAACAGCUUCAAAGCUGCCAAAAAAUAUUUUUUUUAUAAAAAAAGAUGUCAUUCUAAUGACAUUUAGCCCAGUAAAUGUUGUAAUAAAGGGCUUACAGGCCUAGUAUGGAGGCAAUAUGAUUGUUAAGGCCAGUUAGCUGGGUGGCCAUGGAUCUUGCACACAACUGUCUUAUCCUUUUGAGUAAAUGCUGCUCCUAUAAGAAUGCCAUGUUUGGUGCCUUUAGUGCAAGAGGCCAUGCCUAUCAAUAUUUUCUAGCCUUAUAUGACCUCCUAAAAGGCUUACAUGAAUGUACUUUUAUAAAAACUGCUAUAAGUUGGUGACUUCUGAAAAUAGCAACAAUAUAUUCUAAGCAUUCAAAUCUGAUCUUUCCUACUAAAAGAAAGGGUUGGUUUGCUGCUUGCAGUAAGGGCCAAGUCAUCUAUUGACUGACCCCACCCGACCAUAAUCAGAAAGAUAAAUGUUAUACAGAAAAAAAUAACAAAAGAAAAAAACAAACAAAAAAAACCCAAAUAAGUCACCACUUUGUGUGUUCUGUUUUUUUGUUUUAUUCAGUUUAAGGCUAUGUCAUUUUUAGUACUUUUUUCAAUGUUUGCGUAUAAGGAUAUUGUUCAAAAGAAUCCUAAUUAUUAUUGAAAAUAAAGUUUCAGGCCUUUGAUGGAAGAAA